GUAGCAUCCUUAAAUUUUGCAAACUCUUGUUGGUUCCGACUUUGCCAUUUUCUCACUCUGAAAAUUUCUAGAGAGAGAGAGAGAGCGUGUGGGUUCAGAGACCAGAGUGAUCUGCAACACGUUGCUUCAUGAAGGGUUUGAUUGAUCUCUGAGACUCUGAGCCUUUGUCCUUUUGACUUUUCAAUUCCAUUUCCCUUUUCCUUCUCUUUCUGGGGUUCUUCUUUUUGCCUCCAAUUUCACCCUCUUUCUUCGUUUUCACACGGGUGGAUUUUUCAAUCUUUUGUUUUGUUGCAACUUUGUCAUCUUCAUCUGUGCCAACCAACAUGCUUAAUUAUGGUUGAAUUUGCAAGAAUGAUGAAUUCAGCUACCUUCAUUGGUUGGUGACACAACCCCUCCAACAACAGCAAUAAUCAUACAUACAAACAGACCCAGUAAUCUUGAUGGGUUGUGCUAGUUCCAAGCAAAAGCGAUGCCGGCAUUGCAAAACUCCCUGUUCCCCUGUUCCAAGAAGCUACUCAAUGCACGUUCAUCACCCUGCUCAAACCGAAGGGGAAAGCUACCAUGUUGUGGCACUCACCUCAACCACAUUAGGCACUCUCAAACAGAUUAAUUCCCCUGUUUCAAAUCACCACCUACCUCAGAAAAUUGAUGCCAAUAGAGGCAGUGAUUUCAAGCUUUCCAAGGUUGGAGACAGUGAAAUUGAAAGUUUCAGGUUUGAUAGUUGCAGCUUAAUUCAAAGGUUCAAGGAGAAGGACAAGGAGAGAAAUGAAGCAUUGUUGGAGGGUGAGAAGAAGGGUGAGAAGGUUAAAGAGUUUUCAGUGGGGUUGGUUGAGGCUAAGACUUGGUCCAACAUGAUUGAGGAAAAGAUGACAAAAAUUGUUCCCAGAACCCCAAUCAGAACACCCCCUGGUGAACCAGAAACAAUCAAUACAUGGGAAUUGAUGGAAGGUCUUGAAGAUAUUAGCCCUUUCAGAUCACCAAAUCACUUCAGGAGCUUCUCUUUUGAUGUCAAUGGUGAUGUUGUUCAUGUUGAUGUUGAUAAUGUUGAUCCACCCAAAUCAAGUGUCCAUGUUUCUUCUCCCAAACCCAUGUGGCUUCAAAUGACAGAAGAAGAAUCAAGACUCACCUCUGCAAUCUCAGAUUUUGAUCCUGAAGUUCUUUCCUCAUUCAGGAAAUCCUUGCAACACCUUUCUCCAGACAGCCCCUUUCAUCUUCAACAAGCACCAACUGAUGAAGAGAAACAAGGGAUUCAAAAGGGUUUAUUAUCUGAGGAAGAGAAAAUCAAAGGUGAAGGUGUGAUGGAUGUUAAGGUUGCUUCAAAGGACAAGGUGGUGGUUUAUUUCACAAGCCUUCGCGGGGUGCGAAAGACUUAUGAGGAUUGCUGCCAAGUGAGGAUGAUUCUGAAGGGAUUGGGAGUUAGGAUUGAUGAGAGAGAUGUUUCUAUGCAUUCAGGGUUCAAGGAGGAGCUGAGAGAACUUUUGGGUGGAGGGUAUGGUGGAGGAGGAUUGCCAAGAGUGUUUGUUGGACAGAAUUACAUUGGUGGAGCAGAGGAAAUUCAGAGGAUGCAUGAGGAUGGGAAACUUGAGAAAUUGUUAGCUGAAUGUGAGAAAAUUGAGGAUUGUGGUGAAGGUGAUGGUGAUGGAGGAGUGUGUGAGGCAUGUGGGGAUAUAAGGUUUGUUCCUUGUGAAACAUGUUAUGGAAGCUGCAAACUCUACUAUGAAGGUGAUGAAGAUGAAGAUGAAGAAAAAGCAGAAGAAUAUGAUGAUGGUGUUGAGGUGGGUGAGUGUGGAUUCCAGCGUUGCCCUGAUUGCAAUGAAAAUGGAUUAGUUCGUUGCCCCAGUUGCUGCUACUAGUUUCCACUUUCAGGUGAUUACACUGAAAUUUUUUAGUUUUGUCCUUGAGGGCAUUUUGUUGUUUUGUUGUGAGAUUUUGUUGUAUAGUGAAGUUUUUGAUACUCGUAAAGAGUGAAAAACUUGUUCUAAUUAGUAAUUACACCCUCUGCACAUCCAGUGCAUUUUGCUGCACAAUGUAUACUUUGAAUUUUCCUUUUACAGAAAAGAUAGAAGGCUUGUAUACAACCUCUUUUUUGCAAAGUUAAGAGAAAUGCAAAAGAGAGUUAUAAAGGUAGUUAAUAGAAUUUGCAUUAUUACA